UCGGUCCACCAUGCAGCUGGUAGGUUGCAGUGUACGGGAUUCAAACUCUGUAUCUCGUAUGAACUAUGCAGUCUGAUGUGUGUACACGGUUUCUCUUGAUAAGAUCCACACCAAUGGAUUUUCUCAAUGAAUUCUAUCAAUGGCUUGAUGAGAUCCCAUCACUGGUAAUGUGUUUGCACCAUGGCAAGUCAAAGAAAAAAAAGAAAAAAAAGAAAAAAAACGUGCAUUGCAGUAGAAGAACAUCAUAAUGUAACCAAUUGUAUCACAACUUAUCCGCUGCAGCAGGACAGGUUUGUGUUCUGGUGGAACUGCUACUCAAGCGCUCAGUGCUAGUGGCGGUGGAGAAGGUGGUGCUGAGGAGAAGGCUGAGGAGGAGAAGGAAGAGGCUCUGGAAGCGGGGAGGAAGAGAGAAGGACAUAGCUUUCAGUAUAUGCUCUACCAGAAUUUUCCUUUUUUCUUAGCAUAGUCCUUUGGGAACUGGCAGUCGUGUGUUGUCAGCAGGCUGUCUUCCAUUUCCGGAUUUUUUUGCACCUUUUCUUUGCCCAGGGCGAACGACGAGGGUUUCAUGGGUGCUUGGAGGGAUUAGUGGGUCUCCGCUACCCUUGCUACAUGCACGGGCUGGUCCGCAAGCCAUUGAGAGAGUUGUGAUCAAAUGGAUGCAGGUCCGGUUUCAGGUGCACCAUUGUUUUCAUGGUCUCUCAUCAUUCCGUUAGCCCAUUCAGGGACAGUGUGAAGUGGGGUGGUGUGUUCUCUAAAUGUGGUGCAGUCCGCGAGGAGUUCUGGCAUGGAAAACUGCAGCUAGCAGCUCAUAGCUUGGUCUCCAUCCAGGUAAUGGUAGGCAUGUACAGCGGAGUCACAAGCUCAGGCACAGGAACGACAGGCAGCAGGUGGUCGCGGGACGGCAAAGAAGAAUGGCAAAAGGCAUUCAACGAUCGCGACUCAAAGAAUGGAAGUUAAGGUGUCUGAUUUCUGCUUGAGUGCCAAGGAUGAUAGGCUGUCGAUCUUUCUCUCUUUUCUUUUCUGUUCUGCUCUGUUCUGUUUCAUUUUCAACUACUACUACUUUGCGGCUCCCCUGGCGGGCCUGAGUUGUAUUAUACGCUUAUUGUGGUCUUCAUGUGGUCUUAUGUUAUUAUCAACUAAAUACGAACUUAGGUCCUUGAGAAAAACAAGACUGAGAAAAAGAGAGAAGAACGACGAUUUUUGGUACAGGUUUUUACUGAAAUACGUUUUGAUUCUAUUAAGAAGAUCAUGAAGACUGGUACUCUUUUUUUUUUCCCUUGGUUCAUUGCUUGCAGCAGUGUUAAAAGUUCACGAAGUCAGGACUCGAGAUCGGAAUACAAGAUU